AAAUUUAUGAAAUGUGAAAAGAGUUUUGGUUUGGAUGUCUUAAUUUUCUUACAUAAUUAAAAUUUGCUAGACAUUUUGUGUUAGAACGUGUUUAAGUAAUAUUCUUUAAAUUUUUAUAUCAAAUAAAAUGACUGAGCCAAAGAAAUCGUGUAAAUUAUGUGAAAAAAUGGGCUUGAAACCAUUUACAAGGGAUAACGUACUUCAUCAUUAUAUUCCAUUAACUAGUCUUGUUAGCUAUGGUGUGUUAGGUAUCAAUGUCGUAAACCCCAGUUUUGGUGCAAAAUUGAUUCCAAAAAAAGAUGUUACCAACGCAUUACUUUUGAGCACAAUCUUUGGCACCACAUUAUAUCUUUAUAACAGACCUCACAUUGGUUCAUCAUCUUCUCAGAAAAAAGUUGCUUAUAGCGCUUUGGGAAGUGUACUUUUUAGUUUGGGUUCUGUACUUUUAUGGGCCAUGAUAAGGAGCGGUGUACCUAAUGAUAAUGCAGCACUUGCAACAGUGUUAGGUGUUGGAACUGGAGCUGCUAUAGUAAAAAUUGGUACAGAUUACAUAAACGAUUGCGAUAAAUUAGCAAAAUAAACUACUAAUUAAAAUUUUUAUUUAUAUAAUGUAUAUGGACAAUAUCAAAAUUUGCAAUAAAUAAGAUAUCACAAAAAAAGUUUAUAUAAAGUUUUAAAUAAAAUGAUUGGGCCAUAUUAAUUAAAUAACGUA